AUUGAGCGCGGCUUCGCUUGCUGUUAUAGUUCCCUGCCGCGUCCGCACUUAUCUGCGCUCGAGACCAAUCACGGCCCCAGCCGAGCUGAUUUCGACCAAUCCGGGCCGGGGCGAGCUCGCGGCGCUGGGGAAGAUGGCGGCGGCGGCGGCGUGAGCGGCCGGUUGGGGGCCGCCAUGCUGAGCCGCCGGGCCGCGCGCCAUGGCUAGCAGACGGCGGAAGGGUGGUGACAAGCUCCGCCUCAGGUCCCCGGCCCCGGAGACGCGGGGCGGCGGCAGGAGCAGCAGGCGGAGGGCGGCGGCUGCUGGGGAAAGCGGCGCUGGGGGCCCGGAAGAUGGAGGGGCGGCGGCGGCUGCUGCCGAUCCCAGUAGCAAGAACAAGGCGGAGGAAUCAUGUUUAUAUAAGACUCCGAAGAGAUUAAAUAGCAGAUCAAGGUUACCUACCUUCAAUUCUCCAGCCAAUGAUACUGAUAUACAGCAAGAAAUAUUUUGGGAUCCUCAUUCGCCAAUUACACACAAACUAGGUAAUGAAAGAAAGAAACAGGCUACCAGUAGAUGUACAGUUGACAUUUCAGAUAUUGUUAAUCGUAUUGCUCCACAGGAUGAAAAACCAGGCUGUUCUGAGGGAUCUCUUCUAGGGAUGUGGAUUGGUGAGGAUGCUAUUCCCUGUACACCUGGAGUAGUAAAAGUGCGAACUAGGACAAAAUUAAAUGGUACACGAGAUCAUAAAAUAAAAAAUACUGAAGAGGAACUAAUGAAGUUGGCUAAGCAAUUUGAUAGAAACCAGGUAGAGCUAGAUACAGUCAAGGAGCAAGAUGAUCAAUGCAAUGGUUUUAUUCAGACUACUGCAGAGGCAGAGACUUUAAAUAAUUAUAAAGAUGAUGCACAGAUGAAAAAUCUGCAGUCAUUCCUUGAUGAAGAUUCUGAAACACCUACUGUUCUGUCCUUGAAGCCAGUUAAAGAGAGCACUGGCAUCCCUGCUAUAGAAUGUCAAACUAGCAGCCAGAAGUCUUUAGACCUUGAGGCCGAAGUGGCCCUUAAUGCCCUUUUUGAUUGCUCUACCCAAAAAUGUAGUGGACAGUUGAGCCAAGGCCUAUCAGCUAUUUCCCUAAACAAUAGUUUCCAUGAAAGCCCCAAAAGCCCCUUGGUGGAGGAGAAGCACACUUUUAAGGAAAGUACAGUAACCAAGCAGCACAUUGCUGAAGAGAUAUGCCAGAUGCAAGGUUCAACAUGUGCAUCAGAAAAUGUGAACCAGAUUGCAGCUCCUGAAACUAAGAAUAUUCCUUUGCUGCCAAAACUAAGUUUAACAUCUUCUAAGAUAGAAUCAUUGAUCUCUAGUAAGCCUGCUGAAGUAGCUCAUGAUGACUUUGAUGAUUGGGAUAUUGAUUUAUUGGCAGAUGAUUCCUUUGUAAUGCAAAUUAGUACGCCUGAAAAAGCUUUAUCAGCUCCUAAAAAGCCAAGCACGCAUGCUUUCAAUGGCAUUAGUAAAACUAAGGAAAGAACAAAUACUUCUAAUUCUGUAAUUGGUGUAAGUUUUUCAUCCAAAUCCAACAGUAUUCAAUAUGCACCCCUGAAACAAAAUAGUAAAACAAUACAAGAUGCUGCAAAAUCUCUUUCUUUCCAGAAACCAAAUAACGAGAUGGAAAAUUCAAAGGUACAGACUGUUUUUUUACCUAUGGAGCAUGAUGUUAAAACAUAUACAAUAAAUUCCACUUGGAAAAGUGCCCAAAACAAAGUUUCUGAUGAUACUUCUCUUAUUUCAGUGGAAUCUGACCUUAAGAAUGGAAUGGAAUGCAUUCAGCCUAAAUGUGGUCCCACCAGUUUUCCGGUAAAAGGAUCCUCUUCCAUCUUGAUACACUCUAAUCCUCAUAGAACACAGACUGGAAAAUAUGGAAAUAACAAACACAAUAUUUUCCCUCAGUCAUCUAUUUCUACUAACACUAAGCCUAAUGAUCUAGUGAAGGUGGUGACCUAUACUGGUGUGGCUAACCUAAAACAAGCUGAAAUGCCUCAGAAAUGUUCUGUGUCAUUUGAUGAUUGGAAUGAUCCUAAGUUUCCUGAUGAAGUUUUAGAUAUGUUUUGUGAAUCUGAUAGUCUUUGGGACACAAACUGCGAAGAUGAUGAUUUGUUGUAUCAGGUGUGUGAUGAUGUAGAAAAACAAACUCAGAACCAAGACAUUAAACAUGGAAACAAAAGAGCAAUAAUUAUAAAAGGAGCCAGUAUUACUUCCAAAUCUGAUGCCGAUAACAGCUUCACAGCAUCUAAAAAAGGACUGCCUAGUCACCCAUUGGCACAAAAAAUCAGCGCCAGCCAGGACACCAGCUCAGUGGGUACUCCUUGUACAAACUCCUCAAAGGUUACAGACAGAUUAACUACAUUUGGAAAUGUAGUGAACUGUACAAAUUCUGCAAAUCCUAUAGCUGUGAUGGCAAAUGUUCCUAUACAACACAGGUAUACCCAUUCCCAAAACUAUAAUAAAGCUGCUUCUGCAAAUACUACAAACAGUGUUCCAGGAAAAUGGUAUCGGUCUAAUUCUGUGCCUGCAGGAAGCCUCAGUUCUGAAAUUGGCCCAGUUAACAUAACAAAUGGGUGUACUAAUACUUUUAAUGGAGGAUAUAACCAAGAUUUUUCACACAACACAAGAAAGAUUCAAAAUAACAGUUGUAUGAACAAAAUGUCAGUUGUGCCUUCAAAGUUUACAUUUAAAAAUAUUAGCAAUUCCCAGGUUGCUGUUCAUGUGGAUCCUAACAGUAAAAGUAUAGGACGCACUUCUGGAAUCAAAGUUACGCAGCAGGGUUUGGAAGAAAGCAAGAAUCAACUGAACAUCCCUUUGCAUGGGAAGAUAAAAAUUAAUCAAAAACCACCUUUUAAGAGGCACCUUUCAGAAUCUCUGGCAGAGUCUACAACAGCAUUUGUGAUAGAACAGAAAAACAGAAAAUGUUCUCAAGAAGAAAUUGAAAGGAAAAAACAAGAAGCUCUUGCUCGAAGAAAAUCCAGAAUGCAGAAAAUUGUCAGGCUAAAAGUAAAUUUUAGUGAAGAAUAUUCCAAAGCAUGAGAAAAGGAAGGCUGGCCUUAUGGUUAAAACGCUGGACUGGGAUUCAAGAAACCUGAGGUUAAUACCUGAUUUUUUUCCUCAUGAAUUUCAUCUGUCACUUUAGGCAAGUCACUUUAAUCUUUCAGUUAUUCAUGUUUCAUGUCCAAAUGUUUGUGUAUCCGUUACAUACUUGUAAUUAAAAUAUUCUUGAACAUACUGUUUUUU